GGUCGCGUCUUGUCUCCACUUUCUGAGAGUUCACGUGAAGGAUUGCAUUCUGCAGCCGUACGGCCGCACUCUGUCGCCUUUUUUCCAGGUAGUUGUCUUUCUCCUUCUGGAAAUACUGCUCUUCAGUCUCACUAGUUUCGCCUUCCCAGUGUGCGUGUCUCUCUCCGACUCCCUGAAGGUCGUCCGUCUCGAUUCACGUCAACACCUCACCAAGACCCGAAAAAAAGUUUCUUUCCUUUCUUGUUUAGUUCAGAUGCCACGUAAAAUGGAAGAGUGUCUGCUGUUUCUUCUGACUGCUCCUCCGCCUGCCUCUUACAGGUGCAUGUGUAUCCCUUCUUUCCCUCAAUGGUUCUUGUGCCCCGCCCCCGUUGUUUCCCCUGGGGUCUUACCUUCUCUUCCUCUAUCUCUCUGAGGUUCGAACGUUGAGGGCCCCAAUGUUAAUUCGUGAACAAUUCGUGACCUGAAGCGUAGUCCCUGAAUCGAUGAUCGUUUAUCUGCAGAGUACGAUCUGUUUUCGUCCGUCCAUCUUCGCACCGUGUCCCCCGUUUGUUUGACUCUUUUCGUUCUACUUCCAAAAACACAGAAUUUGUUUCAUCUCCUCAGCCGCGAAACUGUACAGGGUGUGUCAACUAAUUUGCUCCCAGUGAAACUUCAAGUACACGGCGACACGACACUCCAAAUCCUUUCCGCUCCUUUCUCUGCUCUCAGAAACCCUCUCUUUCUUUUCAAGGGCUUCCUACACUUCCUCGCUUCCCCGUCUGGUUGGCUCUGUACUUCUAUCGCCACGCUGAGGACUGAAGCGACAACCGGUUCUCUUCCGAUUUUUUUUUUGACCCAUAACCAGCACAGGUGGGAGGUUUUCGUGUGUGACUCUCUGCACCCGAAAACGUCUCUUUCCGUUCUCAUUCCAUGAUUCCGCCCUUCUUGUCCGUUGUUUUCUACCUGGUCUGCUAGCCUCUCCCUUCGUAUUUCUGGUUGGCACUGUGCUCUUCCCGAAGCCCCCAUCUCUCAGCUGCGGUACUUACAGCUGAGGUGUCGAUUCGGGCUGCCUGCGUGCACCCUCCGAACUCCUGUCCUUUCUGGUCAACUCUUGCCUCACCGUGUCGCUAUGCGUAUCUAUGAAGCCCAUUUGUGUGCACUUUUUCAUGUCGCAUCUCUCAUCUGCUUUCUCCAUCUUCUUUUCUUCCACCUUCUUCCUCUCCAUCCUCUUGUCCUCUUUCAGCCUCUUUUCUUCUAGCCAGUGAGUCUCGUGUCGCUGCUCGCGGUUUGUCUCUCCGAGGCGAGAGGCCGUUGGUUCCUCUGUUUCCUCAUAAUGGACAGCGGGUCUCGUCAGGUGCUCAGCCGUCUUGGAAAGCUGUCGCGCUCACAGAAGACGCUUGUGGGGCAAGUGACGAGUCUCCUGGGGGCUUCCGAGGAGGUCGCUCUCUCGCUCUUGCGCACGACGAGCUGGGAUCUGAAUGCAGCCGUCGACCUCUUCUUCUCCCAGUCCCCGCCACAGUCGCGGGGCUUCCCGUCUAGGGCUCCAGAUUCUGCGAGCAUAGAGUCCGUGCAAACCUCCUCCCUCUUCACUCCUGUCUCCGCCUGGAGGAAGCCGGGCAGGGCUUCGCGGGCCUCAACACCCGGUUCGGGUGAGGCUGCGAAUCCGUCCUCGCCGAUUCUUCUUGAAGACGACACGAGCGAUGGAGAGACUCCAGAGACCCGCACGCAAGAGACAAACUUCGAUCUGUCGUCGCAUACAGAAGGACAAGGAAAGGCGAACGCUCCGGCUAAGGCCCCCCAAGAGACGGGACCCGAGAGAGGAACCUCGAGUUUGACGCAAUCAUGCGAGGAACGGAGUGCGUGGACAGCGGCCGUGGAUUCGAGGCAGGUGGAGUGGCAGCAAGAAGAGACCUCGAGAGUGGAGACCCGAAAACGAGGGUUAUCUGCGACGCGGAUUCGUUCUGGAAAGACUGAGAGCGAAGCCCAGGAGGCGGCGAGCGACAAAGCGGCUGGCUCCGACUGUCGAGACACCUCACACACUCGGUCUUUUGGAGAGCGCCCCGCAGCCAAGCGUACGAAACUCGGAGGAGAUUCGCUGAGUUGGAGGCAAAGCCGCAGAGAGCAGCGCUCGACAGAGGCCGAGAAGUUGCUAAAAUUCCUGAGGCAGAAAUACGCCUGGAGAAGCCAAGAAAUCCUUCAAAGCCAAAAUCUGCUCAGCUCCGUCGGUGUGAAAACGGACUGGACCGCCUACGUCGGCUACCUCACUCUUGAUGCCACCAUCAUAACCGCGGCCUUCACCCGGCCGAUGCCCAGUCCGCACAUGCGUUUUGUGGGCGACGUCCGCGUCCAGCUCCCCGCGACGCGAGGACCGUUUUUUCUUCCGCGUAAAACAACGCCGAAGCUGUAUCGAGUGGAUCCGGGGUUCGCCGAGAUUCGCGAGGAUGCGAAAGAGCUCUUCGCAGCCAAGGGGCCCACGGGACUCGGCUCUGCCUCAGGCAAGAAACGCACCCUCCCGCCUCUCACUACUUUGGUCGAGAAUCUCACAGACGCCUCGUGCACCCUGCGGCUUCUGUUGGGAGAGCGAGAAGCUGGGAGGAUUCAAAAGACUCUUUCUAAGGAGCUCCUUCUUCUCCUCCUCCUCGAUGUCAUCAAGGUCCACGUCUCGUGGGUCCCCGGGGCUCCUCCCGCCUUUCCUCUCCGUGUCGGCACGACGGUGACUGUGGCGGUUUACGUCUUUUUAACGUCGAAUCUCUUCAGUCUCGAAAGGGCGAAAAACAGCGUGAGCUUGGAUCUUGGCGGCCAGUGCAGCCACGCGCUGGCGACGCUGUUUCAAGCCGUUCGGGCGCCUUUGAAGAGCAGAGCAGAUCUUCUGGGGUCUUCGCUUCCCUCGCCUGUUGCGUCUGUGCCCUCGAGUCCGGGUCUCUUGACAGCUCACCGGGUGCUCGACGGCGGCGUCUCAGUGCCUGACGACGAAAACGAGGAGAAACAGAGAGAGGAGGACAGGCCCGAAGACGAAGACGGGGAGUCUGAAGACGAAGAAGCUCUGGACGCGGGGAACCGUCUGUCCGAUCUCGUGCUAGGGACUGGAACGUUUCUUUCUUCCUCCACACUUCCCCCCGCAGCCGCUUUCUCGCCCUCGCCUGUGAAUUCGCUCGCUUCCGUUUCUUCGAAUCUCGGCGGGGAGACGCCCCCUCGAGGGCGGCUCUGUCCUUCGCGUCGCGUGUUUCGGACGACGCUUCGGCGCUAUCAGGAGGAGGGUUUGCACUGGCUCCUGUCUCGGGAGUCCAGGGACUUUGACUUCUCGGCGGCCAAAAAGAAGAUGGAAAAGUGCGAGCAUCCAGACCAGCAGCUGGCGUUUUUGCCGCCUUCGUGGCAUCGCCUCGAGCUCCCGUCGAACCUGCCGCCGUGGCUGUGUGCGUCGCCAGCAGACUCAAACGAACACCGCGGGGCUCUGAGUGGUGACAGGGAAUGCAGGCGGUUCAGUGAGAAGCGCCCGUGGGCGGGCGAGGAGGCCCAGGAGGCGCGAGAAAACAUUUGCUCGUGGUGGCAAGAGAAGAAUGGAAGCCGGCAGAAGGCGACCCGUUUUCUUUUCUGCAACUUCGACGUCUGCGCCUUCUCUCUCUCGUGCCCGACGGCGUCGAAAGCGGUCACAGGAGGCAUUCUCGGAGACGCCAUGGGCCUGGGGAAGACUGUUCAACUCCUCGCUCUGAUUUCAACGGAUCUCCUCCCUGCCUACGACCCCCGACGGGCUCACGACCGGUACGCGGCGUCGAGAGGAGACCCUCCGGACUCCGACUUCGACACCGAAGAAGAACGAGAAGGCGCAGGGGCGACGAGGCGGCAGAUAGCUGGACCUGAAGCUGAAGAGAACACGAGCGAGGAAGGGACGUCUCGCGGCCGAGGGGACACAGAGAGUUUGCUUCGCGUUGCGUCCCGACCCGCGAAGGGAGACAACCAGAGACAGUGUUCGCGUUCCUCGGAGACGGGAGACGCGGAGACACUUCCUCUCGCUCCGCCGCCUCCCCCCGACUUGGUUGCGCAGCAUUUGAAACCCGAUGCAGAGGGCUACUACCCCGGGGGCACACUGAUAGUAGUUCCUCUCUCGCUUCUGUCUCAGUGGCGCGAGGAGAUUCGGACGCACAUGCAGCCGGGAGUCUGCUCUGUCUACGAAUACUAUGGUCCCGGCAGAAACAAGAGUCCCGCCUUCCUCGCCUCCCACACCCUGGUUCUGACUACCUACCAGACGCUCGCCACAGACUUCCGCCAGGCGGGGCGACACCAAGGCAACGCAGCCAGUUCGCUCGCCGUGAAGGUUUCUGGAAACCAGAGCGCAUGCAGUGUAGGCUCCGGACCUGAGAGAGCAGACAGAGAAGAUCACAAGCAUGCUCCUGGAGGAAGGACCUUCGCGUCGCCUCUCCACGCCAUUUUCUUCUACCGCGUUGUCCUCGACGAAGGGCACAUCAUCAAGAGCGCGCCGUCCAGCCAGAGCCAGGCUUGCUGUGCGAUCAAUGCUGAAAGAAGGUGGAUGCUCACGGGGACACCUCUGCAGAACGACGUGAGCGACGCCUUCGCCCUAGUCAAAUUCCUCAAAAUUCGUCCUAUGGGAACGGCGGCCUGGUGGAACGCGCAUGUCGCGCAGCCUAUGGAGCGAGGCCAGACCUCUGUGGCCAUCAGCACGGUGCGGAGCCUCUUGCUGCCCCUGAUGCUUCGCCGGCAUGCGAACUCGAAGGGUGAAGACGGAAACCCAAUUCUGCCCCUUCCACCCAUUUCGUUUCACUGUUUCAACGUUUGUCUCACCCCCUUUGAACGCGCACUGUACAUGGCGUUCUUCACGCGAAGCCGAGAAGAGUUCGAGAAACUGUUGAAGGCAGGAGUGGUUAUGACCAACUACUCGCAUGUUCUGUUGCUUCUUCUUCGUCUGCGACAGCUCUGUUGCCACCCUUCCCUUGUCACAGCCCGAAGCCGAGACUUGCAAGAGCGCAUUAUCUCAGGAAGCUCAGAGGACGUCGAUCGCCUUCUGGGUUCCCUUAUUCGACGCAAAGAGAUGAGCGCUGCUGCUGGAGAGACAGCACACGCGUCGCCACACUUCGUGAACAGCGUCGUGCAGGAAGUGCGGGAAGGUCGCGUGGAAGAUUGUCCCAUUUGUUUGGACUUUCCUGCGGAGCCGGUACUCUUGGUUUCGUGUUGCCACACACUCUGUCACUCGUGCGCGGUGAAUUUGUUGCGGAGGAAGCGAAACGAGUGCCCGAUCUGUCGGCGGAAAUUCGAGAGGAACCAGGUGAAGCUUCUCCCGCCUCCGGCUCUUCUCUCUGCGGCGAAUGCCGAACCCAGCAAAACAGGUAGCCAGAGAAGUGGAGAGACAGCUCAGAGUGCGGCAGCCGGAAGCGGUGAACAGCCUUCGAGUUCGAGUGCAAACGAGUGCGAACAGACCGGUCCAGGAAAGAAAGACGAAGAGUUCUUCUUCAGCACCAAACUAAAAGUCGCUAUCGCUCUCGUGGCCGAGGAUGUGCAUCAGGGCCGCAGCUGUGUCAUCUUUUCACAGUGGACGUCAAUGUUGGACAUGAUCGAAAAAGGUUUCGCUGAGUACGAGAGACAGCGAAACAAGCAGGGAGAGAGCAGUCAGGCACCCCUGCUUCCGUACAGAAGACUCGAUGGCAGUAUGACCAGCACGCAAAGACAGGCCGUGUUGUCUUGGUUCUCCCACAGCAAGAACGCGACAAAGGACCUUGCGUUCUGGGCGGAACGUGAGGCCGAUGAUGGAAUGGGCGCAUGCAACUCCCUCUCCGCUGGUCCCGAGAAGAACCAUGAGAAUUGCGGCGGGGGCCCGUUUGCAGGAAUAUUUCAAGAUCUCAGGGACUCGAAAGGGGACAGGGAUACUGGACUAGUGGCAACGAAGCGCGAGAUAGGGAAUGGAUGCACACUCAGGAGACAGCGUGAUGACGAGGAAGGACGAAUUCUUCUCUGCUCGUUGAAGGCGGGGAAUGUGGGGCUGAACUUAACGCGAGCUUCACGGUGCUACCUCAUGGACGGAUGGUGGAACCCACAAGUAGAAAACCAAGCUAUGAAACGAAUCUGGCGAUUUGGUCAGGACAAACCCGUAAAGGUAGUUCGCUUUGUAUGCGUUCGGACAGUUGAAGAACGUCUAGAAGAAAUCAAGGAGUUUAAAGGCUGGAUGGCUCGCGGUGUCUGCGAGAUUGGCUCAGGCGUUGAUGAGGUAGAUGGGCAAGGCGCCCCAAGUUCAGGAAGGUCUGAGUCAUUUGACGAAGAUAAACAGAGAGGUCGUCUCUCUAUCGACGAGUUGAAACGACUGUUUAGAGGCUUCGAAACUGAAGAGCUCACGGGUGCAGAAAUUCGUGACACUCGGAGAUAUCCAGGUCCUGCGCUGGAACAAUUCGAGACCGGUGAAGCGGGUAGUUACAACAUAGAAGGCAGCGCCGAACCUGCUACACCAUCACUAACGGAGCGUCCAGCGGCACAUCACUCUCAACAGGAACUGACCAACGCGCUGGAGGCUGCUGACACAUCGAUGAAACAGUCAGGCAGUCCAUCCAGCAGUUCCUUACAGGACGCACCUGUAUAACACUAUCGAGGAAGGAAGCACUGUAGAACAUUUUUGUGACACGAAUCGUGACUUUUUUUGUCUGCGGCAACUAAGUUGCUCCGAGCAACAUGAAAAAACUGGAUCAUGGGGCAGCCGGAAAGUUGCAUGUUUGAAUAUUAGUUAAUAGCUUUUAGGCAGAAGCGCAAACACAAGACCUUCUCAGCAGGUUGCUGGAAGCUGAAACUGCAGGGUGUACCGUGUCGUCUCGCAUGAACCUUCAGGCACAGGGCCGGUUGGAAGAGGAUCUCAAUGCCGUCUUCAGUUUGUGUUAUUUAAAGUGACAAGACUUCAAUUAGUUAAUCCUUCGGGUGUGGACAAACACCUUGGUGGCAGUGGCGAAGAAACAGUGGAAACUGCUGUAUAGUCGAGCGUGAAGCAAAACUGCAAGUACAUCUCGUUUCAGCGCCAUGAUUUCGGGCCCUCUCGAGCGCAGUAAAAAGAAACAGUCAGAACAGGAGGUGGGGGAGAUAGCACCUCAUUCCAGUGAUAACCGCAAGAGUCUGGUGCGACGCCACUUGUGAACGAGAGGAAAGUCGGUCCUGACGCAAACUCUCGGCGGCCGUUCAGUUUAUGCUCAGUGUCAAGGCUCCUGUAUUUCUAUCAUGUCAAACCUGCCAGCCAGCGCAUGUGUAAGCUACCCGUUUUUCAGGAAACACAGCUACCGAGUGGAUUCAUUCGCUUGCUUGUUCGUACGAAAGGAACAGUGAGUGCCAGGGUGAGCUGGUAUGGGGCGAUGUUCGUUUGAGUUAUGCUUGUCCGCGAGUUCUCAUUGAAUAAGUUUUUUUUAUGUUCUGGACGCGAGAUUUGGAAACGGUAUGCUUCCGUGUCUAAAUGGAGACAUCUGGAACGAACAUGUCAACCACUGAACGGGGCAUGCAUGGUCUACAGUCGAUACCCGGCCAUCUGCAGACGUGGGCGCAAUUCUCCGAUGUAGGGUUGAAGUUACUCUGCCUUGCUGUACCCCUACAAUGCAGGUCAGCCCCCUCUUCUGCAGAUGGUCUCGCCGUUGUUCUAAAUUUCACAGUGUCACGCUUGGACUUUAGCAACAGAUGCAUGAAUGAUUUGUAGGUGUCCGUCUCUUCGGGACCACGAC